UUCCCUAAAGCGGUGGCAGGGCGUAGGGUUAAUAUGCGUAGAGUGGUGUGUAUUCCGUUGCCACGCGAAUGCGUGUGGCGGUGGUGACGUGCGGCGGCGCGGGUGGUUUCCGUUCAUGAGCGCGCGUCGGCACGGAGGCGCAGGCGGCUUUCAAAGGUCGGUAUGCAUUCGUCCCCGUCGUGGUCGCCGUUGAUUGCGGAUUUAUGUGCGCGCAGACAGACUCGAAGCUCGAUGCUCCUGCGUGACGGUGCGUCUUGGACAUCGGCGGCCUCGCCGUGUUUUCUACUACGACCCCGCCGUAGGGAUUUGCGCCUGCUUCUUUCAGCCGAUUGUCACCGCGCCACGAGCAAUCGAGGACGCCUACAGUGUGUGCCAUUUGCGCUGCUGCUGGUGUUGUGCAGCCUUCAGCCUGCCCGUGCUGCCUCCGAACUCAAGGAUAUCGCAAAACUUGCCGAGCUCGCCUUACGGCGGUACGAACCGUCUUUUAAGCUCACUGGAAAUGUUAGCGAGACGCUGGUGUCGUUGCUGAGCAGUCUGCGAUCGUCGAGACUGUCGCACCGCUUGGAAGCGGUAAACUGCUCGCCUCCUUUCAACGGUAGUGCUCUUUGCAAAGAGGGUGCCGAGUCGUUGGUUGCAAGGCCUUGCUCUGGAGCUCAUCCCCCUGUAGGAACCUUCGUCCACGCGCUGCCCAUGGCCAAUGCCAACCCGCCACGUGAUCCUGAAAGCGUCCAUUCAUCCAGCCCACCACAGUGUCUUUCGGUGGGCGAUCUGCUGCAGCUGUUCCCAGAAGCAGCUGAGAGGAGCGUGGGCGAGGCGCUGGUCCGUCUCUGUCCCGUACUGAUUUUCCAGAUGCAGCACCGAUCAUGUGAUUUUACCCCAUCAAUCGCAUCGCGAGGCAAAACACGACCCACCCCAGCUCAGGUGUGGGGCUUUGGCAUGCUGGCCGUGUUUGUCAUCAGCUGCUGCUCACUGGCGGGCCUAGUGAUUGUGCCUUUCCUGAGCCAUGUCCUCUACCACCGGCUGCUCAUGGUGUUUGAGGGCCUGGCUGUGGGCUCCCUGCUGGGCAGUGCCGUCUUCCACCUCAUCCCUCAGGCGUUCAAUCUGCUUGGCCAAGACCAAGAGCACGACUACUUGUGGAAAUCCCUCAUAGUGUUCUUGGGCGUGUACCUGUUCUACCUCAGUGACAAAGUGAUGCGAUUCAUUGCUGACUAUCGCCAGAGAAGGAGUGAUGAGAAAUUGGAGACAUCAUUCGGGUGUGCGCUGGCCAAUGGCGGUGUCCUUGAGCUGUCUUCAGGAGACUCGCCCGUUCGAAAGAACACCCUUGCCACAGCUGAGCCGCAGCCUCUGCAGGCCCACAACCAUGAACAUGGAAUCAAGGCAGGCGACGGCAUUGCAGCUGUUGCCUGGAUGAUCAUCUUUGGCGACGGCAUGCACAACUUCAUCGACGGCCUUUCCAUCGGGGCAGCAUUCUCCGAGAGCCUUCUGGCUGGAGCCAGUAUUUCAGUUGCCGUGGUGUGCGAGGAGUUUCCACAUGAACUGGGGGACUUUGCAGUGUUGCUGAGUGCGGGCAUGAGCACCCGCCAGGCUGUGGUGUACAACUUCUUGUCGGCGCUGACCUGCUUCUUAGGCCUAGGCGUUGGCAUCCUGGUGGGCGACCUCACUGAGGGGGCUCCCCACAUCUUUGCCCUGGCUGCUGGCAUGUUCCUCUACAUUUCCCUCGUUGCCAUGAUGGGUGAGCUCAACGAAGCUCUGGAUGCAGCCAGCAAGGAGGGCCUUGUGGCCUCUGUGAAGCUGUUCCUGCUCCAGAAUGUGGGGAUUGGCAUGGGGGUGGCACUGCUCUUCCUGAUGGCCAAGUAUAGCGAGAAGAUCAACUUUGAAUACUUCUCGAGUCUGCCACCCGGAGUGAGUGUGGCUGCAGCCUCGUUUGGGGGAGCACACGAUGAUGCCAGGGCUGUCUUUGGGGGCCUAGGCAUGUGAGCCGCAGGCACCACUUGGACUGUGCCUCGACACAACACCGUCCAGCUGGGCAAAAAGGGAAAUAGAGAGGUGACAAAGAUGUGUAAAUUUCCUGCAUGGCUCACAAUGUACAAACCAGCUCGGCAACAAUUUUCUUCGAGUGCGGUUAGCUUAUUUGGGGAGCCCACUUCCUACUUGGACAUUAAUUAGGUAAGUUGACAUGACCUACAGUGUCACCUUUUGCAUGUUGGCACUUUUGCAUUGUUGAAGUUCUUGCUGAUUUAAGGCUUAAUAAUGAGAAAAGCUCGCCAGUAAGCUUAAAAUAAGAAAGUUCCAUAACUGCAGGCAACAUGGAAGAGGCUUCAAAAUGUUUGAAUAUGGCCGCGUGGUGUUUACCUGAUCUGUGGCAGGUCAAGCAGUACUGCAGUAAGCAUCCACGAACCAGCUGUGCUGUUGCAUUUGUGCAUUUGCUUUGUGCUUUUACAUGACGCCUUUUCUCUGAAUUUUCUGACAGGCUGAGUUUUUCUAUAUCACAAGUGCUCGCACUUGAAACAUGGGCAUGGCAUGUUCAAUUCUUGAGAUUCUACACUGCAAAAUUACAUGGAAGCACAGAAUAUGCUUCUACAUUUGCAUUUUUGAAUGUCGUGAAAAGUUAAUACAAAUAACCACCUUUACUUAUACGAGUCUGUUUACUGACAUUUUCACUACAUACGAGUUCAAUUUCACAUAGAUUUGUGAUUUUCAUGGCCAUAUUAUACUACCAUUAAAACUGGCAUUAGUGAACAUGGAAUAACUGCAUGGAAAGUUUACCUACCUUGGAAGUGUAUGCCGAUAUGUGCUUUUAAAAACAUCUUGUGACAUAGUUGUACUGUGGAGUACAUCAGCUGCUGCUUACACUGCUGAUUGCAUAAUUUUGCUAAAGCGCACCAUAAGGGCUCACACUCGGCUGGUCUUACCUGCACAGCCACUGAGUGUUGACCGUGCCAGGGCAUCAGCUGGGGAUGGCUGCAUUACUGUGCUACUGUUUUUCGUCUAUGUGCCUGUUGUGUGAACAAUAAGGCACUUAUCAAAGGGACUGGCAAGUGAGAUUAUGUUGCAUUUUAGAUGAUAGUGCUUCAUAUUGAUAAAAACAAGCAAGUUUUUUCCUUCACCAGCACAUUAGUGUGUAAUUACUUAGUGCUAGUGCAAAUAAGUUGCAAUUCUUGGCUUCAAGCAAAAAGAAAAACUGCUUCUUAGAUGUUGCUGUAACCAUGCAUUAAGGGCAAAAUUGAACUGUCUACAAAAAUACAAAUAAAACCUGUCAAGAGUACAUGCCUACUAAAUGCAAACCUGCUGUCCAGGUUUUAUCUCCUUUUGGUUGUCAGCAUCAAAGCCACUUCAUUCAGUUUUAUAAGGUACAUUUCAUGUGCAAGAACAGUAACCAAAUGCCACUAGUACUGUCACCGGCAGCAUCCUGUGACAUGAAAUGGGUGCUGCUCAAGAUUCCAGUAGGUGAAAAUUAUGUGAAAGCAAUCUUUGCAUGCUUCCAUCGUCUAAAAUGCUUUGGGGUCUUGUGAGACAAUGUGCACCCCUCUUUUUAUGCAAGUGUUAUGUGGAAGAACCUUUGGGUGUGCACACUGUCAUAUCUGGUUAGGAAAGAGGAGUGACACUAACAAGCUGCAGCUUGCUUGUACCACAUAAUACAUAUUUUCUUGCCUUCAUUAUAGCCGACUUAGGUGACCCCGCUUUUUCUAAACAUAUUGGGAAUAUUGACAUGUGUGACUAUCUGUAGGCAGGACAGGAAUGUUUGUCUCAUGGAAAUUUAUGUAGCUGAAUCAUUAUUUUCUAGUACUUAAAAUCUUUGCUGUUUAUUCUGUGAUAAUUUUGUGCAUCCAUGCUUUAUGUAAAUUAGACUCGCACUGUAUUGGAAGAACACAGAGUGCUUCUGAGGUGUCAUAUUCACUGUGACCGCCCCUUGAAAUUUGUCAUGGAGCCAAAACCAAACCGUAUGUGUGGUUGACUGUGCAACACUUCCCAAAAGCUUUGUGUCGCACGAUAAUGUUCAAACUUUUGUGGUUGAUGAUGUGCAUAGUAAGUUGAUUGUGCCCUGCUCACCACUUGUACAAUGCUUCCUAUAGUUUUAGUUUCCCGAUUGCUUUUGUAAAAUCAUGUGUAAACAGUGUUAUCUUGAGCACCAGAACAUGUUCCACAGCAUGGCCCCAUGGAGGCUGUCCCAUACUGCUAAUGUCCCCUCCCGAAAAAAAACUGCAGCCACGACUGAAAACUCCUGCUUUUUGGCAGAAAGUAACAGACCAAUUUGUGUACUUUGAGGUAGUGGCUGUGCUAUUGUGGGGGCCUGUUACCUUCUUAAAGCAUGUCAAACCAACCAGCCUACAUCAGGAUGCUCCUGAUUUCAGGGCAUCUCUGGCCUUGCGGAGCUUUCUGCACCUCUUCGGCCAUCUGCAUGUGGUGCCUCACUUGGAAUGCUGACUGAAUGCUUUGACACAAUCGUGUCACUUUCAGUAUUACUCACUGCUUUUAUUAUUGCAUUGUAAACAGACACACAUAUACUUUUUUUUUUCACUGUACAGAAAUUUCAGAAAGUUUAUAAGCUGUGAAAAUGUCUGUCUAUAAACUGAAGAUGUGAAGAGACAGUAAACUUAGCUAGUCAAGAAACAGCCUUGCCAUUUUCACUUCUCUUCAUCAUUCUUAGUGUAAUGCGAUCACUGACAACCCUACCCUGGGUCCAGAUAUUACUAAUUUAUACCAGUAUUUAUCUGUUUAUUGGUUGUACUUAACAGUUAAGGUAGCAACAGGUGGCAUGCGUUUAUUGUGCUGUUUUUUACUUGGUCAAGUUCGGACCUGGUGUGAUGAUUUGCUGUUCUCAAGGAGGUUAGAGAAAUGUCUCCGAAUGCCCAGUGUAGCAGCUCUUCAAUACACUGUGAGUCCACCAUUCUCAGAAAUGUGCAGUUUGUGCCAUUCUUCGUGGAAAGGCCAACUUGUGCUGCUUGCAUGUGUUGCGCUUGGUAAUAUGCUCAGGCUUCUCUUGAGGCUCAACUGUUGCCUGUCUAAGGGCAUGAGACAGUUAAGUAAUGUAAAAUGUCUGAAUUUAGAAAUUUUGACUGAAAAGGAAAAUGAUUUUUUUUUCUUAUCUGCUGCUGUAACCAAUCAGCAUGUGCUGCAAAUUUUGCUUUCUUCCAUUACAGCUUUUUUGCACAUCAUAGGUGGCAGUGGUUAUUUUGAGACACGUUAAUUGGUUCAUGUGCUUGUUACUGAAGAAGCAUGACUUGUCAGCAUGCUGUUUGAUAUUAAGACUUAUUGCUAUUGAUGUUCUAUGAUAAUGCCUGUUUUUGUAACAGUGUAGUCAUGUGCGUACAUUCUUGUUUUGUUUUCAACUCAGUGCUAAAGUUAGCUUUACACUGACCAUUAUGUCACAUCUAAUGCAUGUGCAUUACUCUGAGCAUUGUGUAUUUCUUCAUUGGCCUUACUUUUUGGCUGUUUGCCCCAUGCUAUGUCUUGUAGUGCUGAAAAUCAUUUUUCCAAGGCCUUUGCUGUGUGGUGCAACUACUGGUUCGCAGAGUUUAGCUUUUUUCCAGGAGAUCUUUGUCAUUUGUGCUUUAAAGGAGCUGUGCUUGCAGGGAUAAUAAUUUUGCUUUGAAGUUAUUAUAGCAUGUCCACAAAAUUGCUGCGAAUAUUAUGAUACUGUGUGUCAGACGCAGAUGAAGAACACUCAGGCAACGACGCCAUGUAACUAUCUUGCGAUGGUGCCAUAAACAGUCUUGUUUUCUCUGCCCCCUUCUAGAUGACGACAAGAUGUUGGGAUCUCCACUGUCUGUGGUUUAGGUAUCGCUGGAGCUAUUGUAUGCGUAAGUUUUGAACAGACUGGCACGAUCUGGUAGUGAGUGACAAAGUUGGCAGGAUACUAAUAUCAUGGCCUCCGAGAUUGAGUGAUGCGCGCAGUCAUGUGCAGCCCGAUCUCAUAGGCCAUGGUGAUACAAGCUGCAGCUUGGUGCAUCAAGUUAUGAUGUCAUUGGGUAGUGAAACUUGACUCACUUUCUUUUCUGCCUUACCCAAGAGUUGAAUCUCUGAAAAUAGACAGAAAUCAUUGAGGACGAUUGUCCAUGUCGAGCUAUAGCUUUUUGGCAUAAGCUGCUGACAAGCUGGAACGUUGAUAUCUUGCCUGUCCCAUCCCAUCUUCGGCUUGUCGCCUCCCUCCACACUGGUGCUGGUUUAGUUCGACCCAGCUGGUGACAUCAGUGCCAACCGAUCUGGGAGCUCCUCUGCUCCUGGAAUGUCUCUUUUUCCUUUGUUCUUUUUGCAGUUAGACACACGAUCCUUCUAAAGUUGGGGAAGUAGGCAAAGAAAGCUUUAAAAUGUGUAUCUACCUUCGUUGGGAGUGUUUCAGUUUGUUGAAAGCUAUUUUAGGCGCUGCUAUUGUGUAAAGCAGUAGCAGAAGAAUACUGUUGCGUCUCUGAAAUGUUUUGUUUAGUUCAAAACUGCCACUAGCUAAAAUGUACACAAAAUUCGCAGGUUUUGAAGUGGUUUUUGAAAACCAGGGGCAAUGUCACAGAAGCGAUAAAGUGGAUAGCUCUCAGAAUGACCUUGAGCUGCCUGCAAAAUGGCAGGCAUGCUGAGAGGUUAUAAGCGAAGCAGAAUUGGCUGACAAGGUAUCAACCAACAUACUUAGGUUGUCUUGCAAGCUACGCUUGCAGCACUCGUGAUGGUGCGCUUCCUUUCGUUUCCCUGAUAAUGUGGCUUGGCACCUGUGUAUAGCCCCUCAUUCUCACGCAUUAUCGCAUGCUGGAAUUGGACAUAUCAUUGUGCCAGCAUCUCUUUUCCUUUUAAUAAAAUGUGAUAAGAACUGUGGUGUAGGGCUAGAAGGUGGCCUUAACACCACAGCUGAAAGGAGGCCAAUAGUUAACAAAAGCACAGGAAAAGACGAUGGAUAUGAUUAGCUCCGCAGCCCUCAUGAAGUAACAUGUAGUGUCUCAGAUAGCACAAAUGCAUCCAGAGAAGUCGCCAAGAUGUCUGCACGAGGCUGUCCGGAUACCCAAGGAUGUCCCAAGCUUGUCCAAAUAGUCUCCAGAGAGGAUUGUCCAUUGAGAGCAGGUAUGGGGAAUGUUAUUUGCAUGUUGUUCCAAUACCUUUUACGGAUAAAAUUAGAUGUACAUUGAAUCUGGUAUUCCUUGUUUAACACUGAUGCUAGAGAUUAAUAGUGCGGCAACUUACCUGGAAAAACUAGAAAAAUAUGUUUCUUAUGAGGCAUUCAUCCUAUUCAAAGCCAGAUGGUAAAUAUGUAUUAUGAAUUGUAUGAAAAUUUGAGUUUUAUAGCUUAUUAACCACAUUGAAAUCCCAGUCAACUCCUUGUAAAUUAUUUAUGGACAAUUAUUUUAAAGCUGUGUAAAUGAUGAAAGGCAUCGAGACUGCUAUAUGCACAUCUGUGACAUACCAAGUUUAAAUUUUGGCUGGUUCCAUAUUUUCUGGCAGGCAGACAUAUUGGACUAGUACAUAUAUAUAUAUAUAUAUAUAUAUUCCAUAAUUCUGUGUAUUAUAUAUUCUAUUCUAUAAUGCUUCACGCAAUUUCAUCUUAAUCUGCCAGUUGCAGCUGCCCAAAUCUCUUCAACAGACACUGAGCUUAUAGGACUUUACAUAAAUGUACACAAUGUAGCUGUAACAAAACGUGGCUGCAACACUGAGAUUCUCGAGUGGUCAUUUGUAGGUAAUUUCACAAAUGUAUGUCUAUAAUUUUAAUCCUAAAGGCUGUAUACUACAGGGUGUACUUGUGAAUAUUUUAUUUGGGAUGUACCCAGGACAUAUUAAAAAGGUCCUUAGAAAGAUGAGAAUGUUUGGACAAUGUGAGAAUGUCCUGAGGAUAUUUGCUUAUGUCGGGGGAAUUUGUGAUGCUGUGUCAGCUGACUGCUGUGUCCGCUUAAUUGUAAACAGUGACAAGGUUGACAAGUGACACAGCCAGCAACAUAGCCUGUGUCUGAAAUGGCCAUAUGGCUGAGGUGAGAACACGCAGCUUCAAGCCGAUGUCAGUGAUGAGACAUAAUUAUAAGAACAGCCAGCAAUGCAGCCCUCCUACCAGGUCGUUGGGACACGCAGGCCGCCACCAGUAGAGCAGCAUGCAGGCGCCGGUUAUGAAGCUCACAUGCAGUGAAGCAUCUGAAGAGGCUUGGGUAUGUUCUGGCACUGCUGACAGCAGUGCUGGAACACACAGCCUCGGGAAUGAAGGAACCAAAUUGGAAGGACACGAUUCAGACUUGCAAUACCGUAACUCUUCUAAACGCUUAUCACAAGGUUAGGGUUGUGCUCGGACAUGGCAGCACGAGCGUUCUCAAGCUUGGUCUUUGGACUGGGCAGAGAGUGGCAUUUAACACUCAGACAAGCAUUUCUUGGUCAUUUCAAAGGCAGUUUCAUUUUCUUCAAAGCCCUAGCUACUAGCAUCGGCAACUCUAGCAGAAUAAAUGAAAGUCACAGCAUCUUGUAGGUGGAAGAUGCCUUAAUCGCAGCGGGUAUAUUGAAGCAUUUGCAAAGUCUUGGUUAGAUGUUGGUCAAUGGCAAAACAGACCCUUAAGACUUCCUAAGGCUUCACUCUCCUUAAUGUGCAAGCUUUUUACUUCAGGGAGGAUUUGCGACAAGGCACAUGGGGAGUAAAAGGAAAUUAAAUUAAUGUAUCAGUUAAGAUCGGCAUAAAUCUGUGAAAGUAUUUUUCUCAUUCAUUUUCUAGUGCUGUCAUGAAUAUUUGAAAUUUGCAAAGUAAAAGUAUGAUGCAUUGUUGUAUGGAAAUCCACGCAAAACUCUCCAAGUGUCUUGCAAGCACACAGCUUAGCUCAAGCAUGAGUGCUUGCUAGCCUGAUUGUGGUGAGUACUGUCUCAGAAUUGUGAAAAAUCAUUGGUUUAGCGCUGCAUAAAAUCAGCUAGGCUACAUUUAUCUUGGUAUUUUGUGAUGCCGAUUGUUCCACAAAGUUGCUUUCUGCUUGUCUAAUAAUUCAUGAGGAAAAUAGGCAUGCUGAAAUCCAGGCGAUGUCAGUCUACACAUCAGACAUCGCUGCCAUGAUGUUACAUUCAUGCUAGUGCUAAAGGCGGGCGUAUACGUGUAGCUUAGGUGGCAGUUAGUAAUUGUGGUUCCUAAUAAUAACUUAAUUCAGGGGAAAAUUUUAUUUGUGCUUACAUAUUGAGGCCUUGUCUGUUUAAACAUAAUUGUCACAGUUUGACAUUUUUUGAUUUCUCAACAAGCUCGGAGCUGGUGCCAUAGAGUUGCAUUUUGAAUUUUGGAACUGAUGGCUCCUAACUCAUGGCGCCAUUUAUUGAGAGGAGUGGAGACUAUGGCCAAUAGAGUGCCGUGUUUCAACGCUUCGUUAAAGCAGGUCUGUGUAUUCUUCCUCUGUGGCAUCGUGUUAUGUGGUGCAUCCAGAUGUGCCAGUGGUUAUACUGGCCAGAAGUUGAUUUCAUGUAUUUUUUUUUUUGGCUGUAAACACAGUGUUUUAAAAACUGCAUUAGUUAACUGCUAAACCUGGCUUUGCUGCAGCGAGCAUGGCUGAAGAACUGCCAUAUGGAGGUGGCAUAGUGCACUGGGUAUUGAUGAACUGAAAGCAUAAUUGGAAGAGCAGAUGUGGCCAGCGCAUUUGAUACUUCUCUGCCAUGUUGCAUAUUGUGAAGCCAUGGGUUGUUCAUGAAACGUCGGGCGUCACCGAUCUUGUGCUCUUUACACAGGUUUGUGACUACCUAGAGGGGUGCCACCUUUGUUACCUCAUGUCUUUUUGUCUUUAUGAAUGGUUGUAGGAUGUCUUUGAAUUCUCCUGUCUUUACCAUUCCUCAUUAAUGGGCAUGAGAACAGCUAUGACAGCUCUUAGGAGCAGUGGAGACACAAGAACAAGUCUACUCUGUUUUCUUUCCUAUAUGUGUCCAGAAGCAGCUUUAGCAGUUACCUAGAGAUUUUGUAACUGGGUAGCUUUAAAAUGACACAUAUAUGGUAGUUGCAUUUUCUUCUAACUGUGUUAGGCUGUGAAACGUAAACAAUUCCAUGACCACUGUUGUGCAUAAUUGUGCUGUUCCCCGUGGUAGCACUUGAGGAUGUGCCUUACACAGCUCUGUGCCUAGGUCUGUCGAACAGCCUGCAUUUGAUAGUUUAAUAUGAGCAGCUGGUGGUCUAAACUCACCAAACGGUCUUGAGUGUCUUUUUUUCUUCUCUGCAAUGUAUUUUUAUGUCAAUUAAAUUCUAAUAUGUUGAAAUGCCCUGCUGAAGAUUUUGUUAGAUAUUUUUUUGCAUCACUACCAAACUGUGUAUGUGAGUAUUCAAGUGGUGGCAAAAAGUGCAGUUGUCUACUAUUGACUUUUGAAGGUGAAGUAGCCAGCACCUGUUUGAAAACUGUUUUCACUACCUGUCAUCUAGGGUGUUGGUUUCAGUCAGCCUGUUUGUGCUCAUAGCUGUUAUAUGGAAGCCGACUGCAGUUUGUUUUCGCAUACAUCUCGACUGUAGAUGUGCUUGCACAAUGUUUGCAAUAUUUGUGGGGGAGUCAUGUUGUUGAACUUAAGAUACUUCUGCUCACAAAUACUACCUGCAUUGCUUGUAGCUCCUAAGACAUGUUACAUUUAGUGUUAUCAAAAAUAGUGGUGUAGCAAGCUGCCUUAGUUUCUGUUAGGCGUUUGCAAGUUUUUACUGUGAACAGCAGUUAUGAGCUAGGAAACUUGCAGAAAUUGACAAAGUUUUACUGAUCCACAUAAAAAUAUUGCGUGGCAGUGUUGGGAAUUGAACCUGCACUUAAUCUUCAAACUGAGCACUCUAACUACUGCUCCAUGUUUGCCUUCUAGUGUAAUCAGCCUUAGGUCUGGAAAAACGCUCAACAUGUCAAAUUAGUGAGUGAGCUGUGCUGACCAAUGCAUAAUAGGAAAGAAAAAAAAGGGACUUCUGCACAAUGGGUGCAUACACCCUUGGUGGGAGCAAGACGGGUAAGCUGUGAGAGGGACCCCUCAGAACUGCUGUUUGCAGUAGUUCAGGGAAUCGGAGUUAGCGCUCGUAUUCCAGUUAUUUUUUUUUCGUUCCUUUGCAACUGUGUGGCUAUGGUGCUGUUUUCACUGCGCCUGUAGGUGUUUCCAGCUUCUCCUGCACACGUGACAGGAUUUUAUAGGGACGAGGACAUAUCAUACAUUAGCCACAAAGUAAAUGCUUGUGGCCACUCGGCAAUAAAAUGGUUACACCAGUCAACCUUGUCCCUUGCCAGUUGUAUAAGGACGUAAUGUGCACUUUGAACUUGGGCAACUAGAUUGUGCCAGUGCUAACGACUAGCCUGUACUUGUGCAGUGUGAGGAUGUGUGGCUUGUCAAGUGUGUGAACAGUUGCAUAACUUUAGUUUCUUGAGACUUAGGGCUGAUUUAUGUUCAAACUGCAUGCCACACCAACUGCCUACCACGUGUGUACAGUCCUGCAAAAAAUUGCACAUGUAGCGCACUACGUAGCUACGAACUGUUACCGCAACAGUCUGAUACGUAGAUCUUGUCUAACGAAUACUAAUCUUAUGCAAGUUCGUUAAACAAUAAAUUCAUUUUUCUCAAGUUACAUGCCAAUUAUGGUAAGCAGAGUGUCUAUUCUUCGUCCAUUUCCUUCUGGAACAUGCUAUCUCCUAAAUGACAAAGUUUCAUUAAAGUAUUUGUCCUCAA